AUGCUUUCUCGGAGGCUGUUAUCUAGGGCAAAAAUACCACAGUUACUUGUGAGAUGCCAGUCCACUGUUGUACAUCCUGUAUCGAAAUUGGGCAAUGAACUAUAUGAUCAAUUAAAGUCAGGUGACGCCAAUGAGGUUUACUCUACACUAAAAGAUCAUCUUGAUAAAAUUUCGCAGGAGUUGGUUGAUCCGACUACUUUGCAAAGAUCUUUUGGUUUAAAUGCCCCACUUACGCAGUUCUUGAGGAAGGCUGCUACCGAUAAAGAAUCAACUGUGGAGCCAUAUCAAAUAUUGAAUACCUUAUGCCAAUACCAAGUUGCAAGAUCACCGCAUUUUGAAGUCGUCAUGAGACAUCUUUUGACUCGUGGGUCACCACAGGAUGUUAUUGCGUUGUGGGUGAAAUAUUUGGAGACUAUUGCUGAAAAUCCAAAUGCGAUGUCAAGGUCGUUCAACAACCGUAAUGGUAACAAUAACUCUCAUGAGAAUAAUAUGGCAUUGGCUAGUUUGGCGUACUUGUUAUUGCCAGAAAAUAACCCCGAUCUUCAAGUUCUGGGCCAGAUUUUACAGUUGAAUAAGGAACAGGGUCAACAUGUCCCUUUUAACAAAUUAAGGUUUAUGAUCAGCUCAUUGAUAAAGGAUGAAAGGAGAGAGGCUGCACAACAAGGUUUGAAAUUGUUGUUCCAUCAAUAUGUCGACUCCGACAAGGAGUCUUUUAUCAGGCAAUUGGACCAGACUCUGCAAUUUCAUCAUCUGCAGGAUCUUUAUAAUCAGUAUCACGAGCAGUCCGUUGAUCCAGAGAUAAUUGCGAAGUUCAUGGAAAAGUACAUUGAUUGUAAUAACGCAGCUGGUGCUGUCAAGAUUUACAAUGAGAAUAAAGAUCUGGAUUCUUCCAUGUUAAAGGAUCAUUUGUUGCUUGCUGUGGCGAACUUGCCCGCAAAUUCUAGGAAUUUGAGGUUGGAUAGAAUCUUGGCUAUUUGGAAUAGUGUCAUUAAGCCAACAAACCCUGGUGCAGCGUCAUUCGCAGCUUUGAUUCAAGCACUUGGCGUAUCUGGCAACGUUCAACAAUUACAAAACAUCUGGACUAAAGAAAUUCCACAGGAGAUUAAACUACAAUCACCAGUGAUCGAAGGGUACUUGACUGCUAUGCUCAAAUAUAACAAGCAAGUGAAGUAUGAUGAUAUAGCUGGCAAACUGCCCGAAAAGAUCGAGUCUUUGAACCUAAUCAAUACCGUACUAUUGAAGAUGGUUAUUGACAACGUUUCCAAGGAGAAAUUUGACAGUUUCUAUGCUGCUCAAUUUGCCAAAACCGAGGAUGUUGCUUCUCAAAAGAGACCAAACGUUGAAACUUUGGCAAUUAGGAUGUAUGCUAAUUACCAUUAUGCCAGCGAUAAGGACUCGUUUGACUUCUUAAAGAGCGUUUUCCAAAGUAAAAAAAAUUUCCUGAAAGUGAAUGCAAUCAUUGAGCAUUUCAUUCAAAUCGUUCCGUCGAUAGAGCCAAUACGUGUGUUAUAUGCACAAGUGAAAGAACCAGUUGACUCAAGAAAAUACGGUGCUUUCAUCAAUGCAGAAUUUGUCAAACAUAAUGGUGAUUAUAAAGUCGCUGAAGAAAUUUUCAAAGAAUUCCUUGAGGCGUUGAAGGCUCAAUCAAAAAAAAUCGAUAGAUUCUCACUAGAGCCUUUGAUCACCGGCUUUUGCGAACAGGCGAUACGCGAUCGCGAUCCAAGUUUCCUACUUAAGGUCUCGACUUAUUACUCUUUCGCAAGUAAAGUCAACCUCGAGCUAACAUACCAAACAACGGCAAAAAUUCUUCACACCUUGGCACUUCUGGCAAAAGACAAAUCGGGCAAAUUCGAUGCAUCUGAGCAAGAGUUCAUCGGCCUCUUCCUACAGGACUUGGAAUCAAUGGAAAAGUUCAACCCAAAUUCGAGAGAUAUUGACAUGCUACGUAAGGCAGGUGUUAAGUUGCCGGGAAAAUUAGCCUAG